AUGUUUAAAUCUUGCCAAAUUAAUCAAAGCGAUGAGGAACAGAACGGCGAUUUAGAGAUUCAAGACUCUGAAUUGGACAAUGGAAGCGAUUCUCAAGAGGAAGCGAUCAUCUCGGAGAAUGUGCAGAUGCAAGGCCAAGAGAAUGGGAUAGGUGAUGAGCAGGUGGAAUCUUCGGACGCCGAUGAUGAUGGCAAGUUUGAUCGUGUGAAUAUAGAGCUGUGUUCGAAACGCAUGCAGCGUAUCAGUAUGCGAAGUCCAUAUAAAGGUCUUUGUUUGGACAACUCCGUUUUGGAUUUCAACUAUACGAUGGUGCAGCCAAUACUCUCUCUGAACAUCGCUGGCAAUCGUAUCAACGUUCCAUCGCUUACAUCUACCGAACGGGUCUCGUCGGCUAAAUCCGAUCUGAGCACUCAACCACCCACUUUCAUCAUAACUACGAAAGCGUUAAUCAAACGCUUCGCAAGACAGAUUCAACAGAUUCGUCUGGGUGGAAUCACGGAUUGUGAACGUCGACUUGGUUAUAUCCCGGAUCAUCAGGUUCUUUUUAUUAAUGAAUCACCAGAUUAUGGUCAAGGCAUUUUGGUAGUGACUCGAGAUAUAUGCGAGGUGAUUGACACACUUCCACAUGCCACUUCUCUGUCACUCCGAAAUUGCUGCAUUUCUGUAGAUGCCGUGAAGUUUUGGUCAGGUGAGGAGACCUCUUUAAUGCAUCGGAUAUCAUCUCUGUGCAUUCACAGUAUAUGGUUUGAUAGAAUGGAGGACUGUGAGAAUUUUGUGAAUAUUCUAUCGCCAUCAAUACGUCGCAUUCAUCUGUCAGAUUGUGGUGCGAUGACGAUAACAAAUAUAAUGAAAAAGGUUGAUGAGAUGAACGUGAAAAUAGAUUAUUUUUAUAUAGCGAUCGAUUUGAGGACGUUUACGAAUGUUCCUGAGGCGAUCACAGUUCUACAGAACGUGAACAAGAAGACGAAAGAGCUGCAUUUGUGUAUAUGUAUGACGAGUUAUGCGAGUGAAGAGGGUUAUCGUCUGAUGUUGAGAGUGUUACCUCGUAUCGUUGACUUGAACACGAUCACCACACUGCAGUUGGAUGUCGGCUCGUUCAGACCUCUUAAUCAUCGUUGCUUUAAACGUUUCUUCAACGGCAAGUUUUUUGAUUCGGCCGACCUGAAUAUUCUGAAAGAAUUGUUUGCCGUCAUACAAAUUCAGUCUUCAGGCUUGAUGUAUAUGCAGAAUUUGCGCUCACUGUUUUUAUCGGGUUGUGCGAUCGCUUAUCACAGCCGUUCAAUGUGGUCUGACAUGAUUAAGGGUGUGUCACAGCUAUCAAACUUGGAAUUUCUUAGUAUUCAUGAACUGUGCAAGAAUACACUCCCGGCUGAUUUGGAUGCUAUGUGCGUUUCACUGCCACAAAGCCUUCUCUCGUUCGCCAUUGGAAAUUCAUUGCGUUUCACUGAUGACAAUUUACAGCAUCUUGUUGAGCGGUGUCCUAAAUUGGAAUCGUUGUGUUUGCGAGGAUUGCGCAAAGUUAGGAUGCUCGCGAUUGAAUCGGCGAUUCGAGCACUUCCGCAUCUGCGUCGUUUGGCCAUCUGUCGAAUGGGACCAAUGAACGAGUCCAUUUAUAAGAUGAUCUCCGAUAAAAAUAUCACGCCCUCACUUGAGGCUGUUAUACUUGGUGGCAAUAAAGGACCACUUUCAUCAGAAGUUCUACCUCAACUGCACGCACGGUUUCAAACGGUGAUGUUUAUCUGCCAUUCAUCUCGCUGGAAAGAAAGCGAGUACUCGAUGUGGCGUGUUCAAGAUGCUUAUAUGAAAUUGUUAGCAUCAUCUUGGUUCACCGAAUGUCCUUGCUGUGAGAAGGACGUGAGCCUUAUUGAUUAUGAUGACUUUUACUAG